AUGGCUUUAAUUGACAGUGAGGCUUCGCUCAAACAAAGGUGCCUGCCCGUGGAGGGGGAUGACUCCCUUUUCGAGUCUCUAAAGGCCAAUGGAGUGAAGACGCUGCGUCAGUUGGCAUUCGCACUGGGGAGCCCACAAACUCCACCGUCCGAUGAUUCUCUGAAGGACCUUGCGGCUAAGGUUUACAAGUGUGCCGAGGGUACUCAGCCUACGAUCGGACAAAUUGCAAAUGUUCGCAUGCUUAUCUUCGAGGCCUCUACACUUGUAGUGGCACAGUUGCGAGCACAGGCGACGGCGGAUGAUUCCGAUCUUGCAGGUCGCAAGCUGCCGCAUGUCGAAAAGCAAGCGCGUUUGACCUCGCAGAAGGCCCGACUUCCCGGGCUGCUGAUAGAGGGAGAGCUGCAGCCCAGCUACGCGCUGGUAGAUGCUUGUGCCCUGAUGUCAGAGUCGAACAGCAUUACUUGGAUCAGCCCCUCGCGUUGCACUAAGCGUGAUGCUGAGGUGCAACAGCUAGGGAAAGAGAAAACCUCAUUGGUACAAAUUGAGGCAGGCACCUUGAAGGUCAGUUCGAGCAGCAAGUUGCCUGAUGCUGAUACAACCACUGCCUUGCAGCUUCUGUAUUGCUUCCAGAGGCGAGGGUUGGCAUUGGAUCAGUGCAGCCUCAUCGGCUGGUCGGACCAUGAGUGGUACGUACAGAGCCUUAUGUCCUAUCUUCAUGGAGAGCCGGUGUCAGGAGCCAGGCCCGCGAUCGCCCAGGUCAUUCGGGCAGACCGGGAGGCUUGGACACUGAUGAGCCGUGAGAUCGAGGGACCAAUUGGGGUGAAGGAUGCGGCUGGCGAGCUGGUGAUGGCGGCUGCUUUGAAGCGGUUGGCCAAAGACCCUCGCGUAGUCGUUCAUCUUGUUACGGCACCGCAGCCGCAGAAAGUCGCUCCACCGCCUUCCAUCCCUACCGACUCGGCUGCUGCUGCAGCGUUGGCUGAGAAGGAUACCAAGAAGAAGAAGCGCAAGCGUCUUACCGGCCUUGUACCGGAGUCUUUGAAGGGAUGUGUCACCAAGAUCAAGGUUGAGGAGACUCCCGCUGCCUCGAGUGAAGCUUCGCGAGCCUCGAGUGAUGUGGAGUCUCUUGCCGCGUCAAUUUUGCAAACGCCUGCUCCUUUCGAUAAAUCUUCGCUGUCGCAGCUGAUUGAGCUGCUGCCGAUGCAAAGCCCCCCACGGGGGAGUGUUGGACGCUCCUUCGCUGCCGGGGCGUAUGCAAAAGGGGGUCUGUAUGGCCUUCACUCAAAUACCAAUCUUUUCCCAAAUGUGUGCGCUGUCUUUGCGGCGCAAAUCCGGAGUUUGGCUCCGGGCGAGUGCUUUACAAGUUUUAUUAUUCUAGAUGACUGUUCCGCCGAGGUGCAUCGCGAUUCCAACAACGACGACUCCCACUGCAACAUCCUGCUGAAGUUGUCCGAGUUUCAGGGCGGGGCCGUUUGGGUAGAGGGUGAUGGUGACAUUGAGGUGACUGAUCCAAAGGGACGCGUCUUGAAGGGUCAUGAGUUGUCUUGGGAAAACAACAAAAUCACUUUGGAUGCGAGGAACUUGUAUCAUGCUACACUCCCCUGGACGGGGCGACGACUGGUGCUGGUAGGAUACCACGUCAGGGACUUCCAAAGACUGCCGUGUGACGAUCGCCAGAGGCUGAUUGACAUCGGCUUUCAGUGCCCAUCGAAACACGCAAAUGUAGGCCAUGUCGGGGACUACCUUUUCCUUGAAGUAAAUGGUCGCACUGCCGAUCUGCAUCGUGCUGCCCGAGCUGCAGGCCUGUGUCUACCACUUGACUUGGGCAACGACUUGGAGAGCUUCCAAAAACUUGUCGAGGCCGAGAAAAAGCGACUCGCUCUUGUCUGGUGCGAGCUGCCGUCUCAACCGUGCUCCUCUUGGGCAGCAAAUCUUUGCGCCUUGGGUGAGCUUGCCGCCAGUCUUGAAAUUCCCUUUGUCAUAGCGGGUUCUCCAAAAUCGCAAUUUUGGGAUGAUCCAUUCGUCCUUCAGCUGAUUCAAAGUUUCCCUUUGCAGUUGCACCGAUGUGACCUGUGUUGUCAUGGUGACGGCCGCCCUCGGCCUUACCAAAUGGCCACUGCACAAGGGGAUUGGUCAGCCUUGGCCCUCAAGUGCUCGGGCUUGCAUUCACACGCACCGUGGGUGCCGCGAAAGACUGGCGAUCCGCCUCCAGGUUUGCCCAGUCUUUUCUGUCAACGUGUCAUCGCCAAAGCCAAAGCUGCCCUUCUCCAGUCAGGAGUUUGUGAGUUUGGCACGGUUUCUCAAACUCGAGAGUCCGAUUCCACCUUCGAUGGCAGGUUGGCGUUGAACGCCUUGCCGCGCGGCCGACGCAACCCUGCUUUAGUGCAAGAGUUUGUAUCCUUCAAGUUCGUGGCUGUGCCUGCUGACCCGCCGUCGGCCGAUGAAUCUUUACUUGCUGGACUGCCUAAAGGAGCUCGGGUCUUGUCUCGCCUGACCUUUGAUGGGGGCUACGAAGAGGCUUGUAAGACCUUGAGCAUAUCCUCCGGUGAAGUUUCCAUUGCAGAUGGCAAAUCAGAACUGCUUGAAGGUGAGUUGAUUAGAAUUGGCCUGCCUUCCGAACCCAAAGCCUUCGUGCAAAGAGCAGUGCAAGCCGGCCACCCUAGGGACGGAAGUGCACAUGUCUCAAAGCUUGUCGUAAAUGCAAUCAAAGCGAACUUCAGCGACCCGCCGGCGCAAACUGUCACCUCUCGUGCUGCUGCUCUUAAACAUUGGACUGCACGAGCCAAGCAAUUAGAGCAGAAAGAGGAGGAGUUACACCGGAGUUUGCCGGAGCACCUUCGUUGUCUGCUGGAGGGCAAACGGUUGCUCUUGUGGCAAGAAAUGCACGAAGCAGCUGGAUCUCCAGAUGACCAGCUAAUCACCCACAUGUGUGAUGGAUUUAAGUUGUCUGGUUGGUUAUCGCAGGGAGGGCUUUUCCCUCCGAAGGUUAGGCCACCCUCCUUUUCGGUUUCCACCCUUAGUUGCUUAGCAAAAGGUCUGAAUCAGUCGACGAUUGCGAAAAUGCGUGUCCGGCAGGAUGAAGACUUGGAAAAGGCAACUUGGCAGGAAACUGAGAAGGAACUGCAAAAGGGUUGGAUUUUUGCUGACACAAAAAGUUGCAUAGAGCUUUGCGCUCUGGCCCGCAGAUUUGGAAUCAGACAGCUUGACAAAGUGCGUGUCAUAGACGAUGCCAGCAUUUGUGGCAUCAACGCUACCGUUGGCUUGAAGUAUGGUUUCCAAAUGCAUUCCAUUGAUAGAUAUGCUGCGUGGAUCUCCAAGGCGCUACGCAUCAAUGAGGGCAGACUGCCUGCCUGCAAAGGUCGUGUAUACGACCUUAAGAGUGCGUACAAACAGUUUGGAAUCCAUCCUACAGACAGGGAGCUUUUCAGAUUUGCAGUUAACAAACCAGGAGAGGCGGAGCCCAUGAUUAUGGGAGCAAACUCCUUACCGUUCGGUGCGGUGGGAAGUGUUGCUGCUUUCCUCCGUAUCUCGUUGAGCAUCUGGCUGAUAGGAGUGAGGCUGUUCAGUAUCUUCUGGACCGCAUUUUUCGAUGACUACGGAGUCACGACUCGCGAUGAGCUUGUUGCCAACACAGACUCUUGCAUAUGUGCCAUUUUUGAUCUUCUUGGAGUUGAAUUUGCUCGGGAGGGCAAAAAGGCACCACCGUUCUCACGAGACUUUAAACUGCUUGGAGUCAGAGUCGAUUUGAAUGAUGCACCUCGGGGGAUUGUGCGAAUCGGCAACACUGCCGAGCGUCGCGAAGAACUGAACGUGUUCAUCGAAGACAUCUUGCAAGCCAAUUGUCUCGACCUUAAGACCGCUGAAAGGCUCCGAGGCAGGUUGGUGUUUUUCGAGGGGUUUGUUUUCGGGCGAAUGUCGAAUUCGGCCAUCCGAACUGUGGAUCGAGCGGCCAGGGCGGGACUCACUUCGAAGAGGCUGCCCGAGGAUGUUAGAAAGAGCCUCGUUGUCAUUCGCGAGAGGCUGAGGGUGGCUGAGCCUGUGACCAUCGCUACCAAAAACCAUCACUCUUGGCUUAUCUUCACAGAUGGAGCCUGCGAAGGCGAGAAGAAGCUAGGAUCCAUUGGAGGAGUGAUCGUGGGCUUGAGUGGCCAUCCGAUAUCCUUCUUCAGUGAGCAAGUCCCACAGGAUAUCAUGAAGAUCUUGUUGAGCAACUCGCAGAAUCCCAUUUUCGAACUUGAACUUCUGCCGGUCCUAGUUGCUUAUAGGCUCUGGGGCCAGUGGUGCAGAUUUUCUCAAGCCGUUUUUUACUUGGAUAAUGAAGGUGCUCGCCAUUCGAUAAUAGCCGCGGGAGGAGGCGCCGAUCUCGCUCGUGUGAUUAUCGAUGGCAUCCUCUCGAAGGAAACUUCCCUUCAAAUCCACGCAUGGUACGCCCGUGUACCUACGCAUAGCAACAUUGCAGACUCCCCGAGCAGAGGUGAGUACGAAGGUCUCUUGAACAUUGGAUGCUCAAGGCUUCGCGUCGACUGGGAUGCGGUGGCACGGCAGUGUUUUCCAUUGGGGUGA